AAUAAGACAACGAAACGGCGCACACAUCAAAUCACUCAGACACGCGUCUUCCUCUUCCUCUUCCUCUUCCUCUUCCUCUUCCUCUUUUUAUGGUUAUCAAAUCACUCCCCUAAAAUCUUUUGCGUAGAUUUUCUUCCAUGACUGACAUCUUCACAGCAGCUUCUAAUGGAGACCUUAAACGCAUCAAAGAAAUGGGAAAACAUUUUAAUGAUAAGUUUGGAGAACAGACGGCGAAAGAAGUCUUGGGAGCAAAAGACUCGAGCGGGCGUACAAUUCUACACAUUGCUGCUUCCGGGGGUCGAACUCCAAUCUGCAAAUACCUAGUUGAGACUAUCAAAUUUGAUGUUAAUGGCAAAGAUUUAAAGGGUUACACCCCUCUGCAUAAUGCGGUUUUGGAAGGGCAUUACAUGACUUCUUCUUUUCUACUGGAUCAUGGUGCACAUCCUAAUAUGACAAGCCAUGAUGGAUCAACUCCAUUGCACUAUGCUGCUGAAAAAGGAAGAAAAGACCAGGUGAAACUGUUAAUAUCAAAAGGUGCUGAAGUUGAUGCGCCAUCGUAUUCUAAAGGCACGCCAUUGCGAUGUGCCGCUGCACAUGGCAUGAAAGAUGUUGUUAAGAUUUUGCUUGAUCAUAAAGCUAAUCCAAAUUCUGAUAGUCAUCCCAUAUUGACCCCGUUGAUAGUUGCCAUCCUAGCGAAUUCUGUUGAUUGCGUAAGGCUACUGCUGAAGAAUGGUGCUGACCCAAAUCUUGGUUUACAUGGAGAAAAACCUUUGACUGUGGCUGUAUCUGAAGGCAAUUUAGAGGUUAUCAAAUGUUUGCUUAAAGCUGGAGCUGAUCCUAAUGCUACUAAUUUUUAUGAUCUUACACCAAUUGAAAUUGCGGCUAUGGAUGGUAAUCUUGCAGUUGUAACCGCCCUCUUUGAUGUUACUGCUUGUGUUCCUAAUAUCCCGAUCUGGAGCUGUCAAGGAAUACUCGAGUAUAUCAACUCUCAGGAAGCUAAAAAUCAGCGGGGACUCAAAGUUGAAACAAAAUUCUUAGAAGCAAAAGAAAAUGGAGCACAAGCCUUCAAAACAAAUGAUUACAUUACUGCAAUUUACUGGUAUACAGAGGCUAUAAGGAUAAAGCCAAAAGAUGCGACAGUGUUCUCCAACAGGAGUCUCUGCUGGUCGCGCAUGAACGAGGGCGAUCUUGCACUGACGGAUGCAGAUUACUGUAUUGGUUUGAGACCAGAUUGGGCUAAGGGAUAUUACCGGGCAGGAGUAGCCCGGAAGAUGCUGAAGGACUAUAAAAAUGCAGCAGCAGCAUUUGGGAAUGCGUGCAAGUAUGAUCCUUUCAAUAAGGAGCUCCAAGAUGCUUACAGUGAGGCGUUGGCGGACUUACAAGCACCACCGAUGGAUGAUUUCAGCCGGCUCUUUGCUGAUUGUGUUUUGAACACUGGAUUAAAGUGAUGUAGUUUAGGUGACCAGAACAGAAGAAAAGGGAUGUAGGUUUUGUGACUAAAGUAGAACAGAGUUUGGCACAACAUUUUGUCUUGGUGAUUGAUGUAGAAAGUAACCUAUAUCUUAUAAUACGAUACAAUAUGUCUACGGUAUUACAAAAUAGUACGGAGUACUUGUGUAUGACAAUUAUCAUGUUUCACAAACACGGAAUUUGGAAUUGAAUUCCUGUAUGUGUAGUUGUGUACAUGUGUGAACUCAGUUUCUCUGCUUGUGCCAAAGGCCCAAAGGACAUUUGUUAUCUCAGUUUCAUUUUUUUAUAACAUUGUGGGAAUUAUUUGUAUAUAUUCAUUUA